UCGCACUCGGAGAACGGGCUAAUUGCCGACCAUGACAGCAAUACAACGGGACCGGUACGUCUGGUGUUCAACGUUCAGUUGAUCAGUUGCUCCGUCGCCAUGGGUCGCGCUUUACGCUCCUUCGCGGCCUACGCCAGACCUAUACAGCUUCAGAGCACACGUAACUCAUCGUCAUGCCCAUUCUCUAAGCGGCAACGUUCCCAAAUAGCCCCGACCGCGGAGUUAAACGAGGAGAUAUUCGCGAACGCCCGUCCCUAUUCGGAAGUUCCCGGCCCUAGACCUAUCCCUAUUUUGGGGAAUACGUGGCGAAUGGUCCCCGUUAUAGGGCAGUUCGAUAUAUCCGAGUUCGCGAAAGUGACCAAACAGUUUCUGGAUACGUAUGGCCGAAUCGUUCGGCUCGGCGGUUUGAUCGGAAGACCCGAUCUUUUGUUCGUAUAUGAUGCUGACGAGAUCGAGAGGAUGUAUAGGAGGGAGGGACCGACCCCCUUCAGGCCUGCGAUGCCGUGUCUCGUCAAAUACAAAUCGGAAGUCAGGAAGGAUUUCUUUGGCGAGCUCCCGGGCGUUGUUGGCGUACACGGUGAUCAAUGGCGUAGAUUUCGUUCCAAGGUUCAACGACCCAUACUCCAGCCUCAAACGGUGAAGAAGUACGUGGCACCAAUCGAGCUGGUCACGGAGGACUUCAUUAAGUACAUGGUAGACGCCCGAGACGAGAACGGGGACUUGCCUCAUGAGUUCGACAACGACAUUCACAGAUGGUCUUUGGAAUGUAUCGGCCGCGUCGCCUUGGACGUCCGGCUGGGUUGUCUGUCGCCACAGUUGAAUAGCAAUUCAGAACCGCAACGCAUCAUCGAUGCCGCAAAGUUUGCUUUACGAAACGUUGCAGUUUUAGAACUAAAGGCGCCUUAUUGGAGAUACAUACCGACACCGCUUUGGAGUAAAUACGUGAAUAACAUGAACUUCUUUGUUGAGAUUUGCAGCCGUUAUAUCAAUGAGGCGCUUGAAAGGCUGAAGACGAAGAAAGUGACGUCAGAGAACGAUCUCUCGCUGCUCGAACGGGUUCUGAGGAGCGAAGGCGAUCCAAAGAUAGCCACCAUAAUGGCGUUAGACUUGAUCCUUGUUGGGAUUGAUACGAUUUCGAUGGCGGUUUGCUCGAUCCUGUACCAAGCAGCAACAAGAUUGGAGCAACAGGAUAAGAUGGCGGAGGAGAUCAGAAGGGUCCUCCCGGAUCCGAGCAAGCCUCUGAGCUACUCGGACUUGGACAAGCUGCAUUACACGAAAGCUUUCGUCAGAGAAGUUUUUAGAAUGUAUUCAACGGUCAUCGGCAACGGUCGUACUCUGCAAGACGAUGACGUCAUAUGUGGUUAUCACAUUCCAAAAGGUGUUCAAGUGGUGUUCCCGACGAUCGUGACCGGCAACAUGGAGCAGUUCGUCUCCGAUCCUCUGGAGUUCAAGCCUGAGAGGUGGUUGGAAGGCGGCGGGAAGCUGCAUCCAUUCGCAUCCCUGCCGUAUGGCUUUGGCGCCCGGAUAUGUCUGGGACGGAGAUUCGCUGACCUUGAGAUCCAAGUGUUGUUGGCUAAGUUGCUGAGCCGUUACCGGUUGGAAUACCACCACGAGCCCCUGGACUACGCCGUUACGUUCAUGUACGCGCCGGACGGACCUCUGCGUCUGCGCAUGAUUGAACGAUGAUCACUUCUAUCAGUGUGCUUAGUGCGAGUUUUUUAAUGUUCUCGAUAGCGCUUUUUUUUCCAACCUAAGCUGAUGCCUGGAGAGGCUAUAUCAGCGUCGCCUUAACUAGUAGGUGAGCCUCACGGGGCUCAAACCUGAUGACGUUGCUAACACGAACCCUAGCAAGGGCCGUGCUUCGCAGAAUCUACCACCGGAUCGGAAACGCGACCCACUGAGAAGAUCCGGCGAGAAACUCAGUGGGCUUUCUCGAUAGCUUUUUUUUUUUUUUUUCUCCUACCUAUGCUGAUAGCCUUGAGAGGCUAUUUCAGCUUCACCCUAACGUUAGUAGGUGAGCUCGCGGGGCUCAACCGGAGAGUUGCUAACACUGACCCUAGCAAGAGCAGUGCUUCGCUGAAUCUACCACCGGAUCGGAAACGCGACCCACUGAGAAGAUCCGGCGAGAAACUCAGUGGGCUAUCUCGAUAGCGUAAAAGUUAGCUCAUAUUUGUAUGAAAUGGGAUCGUUUGCGUACGUUUGCCGCUAGAGGCGCUGUUUCAACUGCAAAAAAAAAUCCGUAAAUAACUUUUACGCUAUCGAGAACGUUAAAAAACUCGCACUAAGCAUACAGACAUUAAAUUUUAUAAUUUAGUUGCACGUUACACGGAAAUGAUGUUUAUUUAAAUCGCAAUAAAGCUUACUAUUAUGUGGCAUUGUGUCGGUCCGAUUUCGUAGGCCGUUUUUUUUUUGAGUCAGUAACCAAAAAAAACGGUGUCUGUUUUCAGUUUGGCUUUUUUUUAAUUAAUUUCGAGUAAAUAGUUCGUUAACAUUUAUGUUUAACAAUAUUUUAAAGUGCUCUCAAUUGUUCAAAUACGCUUUUUUUUAAAUAUACUUACUUAAGUGACAAUGGAUCUGUUGUAACCGCGUGAAUAAUAAAAUAGAAAUCUGUAAUAAAAUUGUUCGUUAAUAAAAAUGACUCUUUAUGAAUUU